GGAACACAACCGGGCCAUAUUUCACGGACUGCCUCACCUCGAGCGCAAUUCAUUAUAAAUCGGGAUCUUCAUCUAUUAAAGGUCCUUUAACAGUGCAGAGAUGCGGAUCGCUGCGGUAGUGUGUUUCAUAUCUGCACUGACUUUGAUUGCACAUGCAGAUGUGUAUUUUAAAGAACAAUUUCUGGACGGAGAUGGUUGGAAAAGCCGAUGGGUCGAAUCCAAACACAAAUCCGACUACGGCCAAUGGAAACUGACCUCAGGGAAAUUCUAUGGCGAUGCCGAGCUUGAUAAAGGUUUGCAGACAAGUCAAGACGCCCGGUUUUAUGCUCUGUCCAGUCGCUUUGACUCGUUUAGUAAUGAGGGUAAAACGGUUGUCGUCCAGUUCACUGUGAAACAUGAGCAGAAGAUCGACUGCGGCGGUGGGUAUGUGAAAAUAUUUCCCGCCGACUUGGACCAGACCGAAAUGCACGGCGAUUCACAGUACUACAUCAUGUUCGGACCCGACAUUUGUGGCUACAGUACCAAGAAAGUUCACGUCAUUUUCAACUACAAAGGACAGAACCACUUAAUCAAGAAGGACAUCAAAUGCAAAGACGAUGAACUCACGCAUGUGUAUACGCUAAUCUUGCGGCCAGACCAGACGUAUGAAGUGAAAAUUGACAACGAAAAAGUGGAGUCAGGUUCUCUGGAGGAAGAUUGGGAUUUCCUUCCUCCAAAAAAGAUCAAGGAUCCAGAGGCCAAGAAGCCAGAGGAUUGGGAUGACCGGGCGAAAAUUGACGAUCCUGAUGAUACGAAACCUGAGGAUUGGGACAAACCUGAGAACAUUCCCGACCCUGAUGCCAAGAAACCAGACGAUUGGGAUGAAGACAUGGACGGAGAAUGGGAACCUGCCAUGAUCCCGAACCCUGAGUACAAGGGUGAGUGGAAACCAAAACAGAUUGACAACCCCAACUACAAAGGCACCUGGAUUCACCCUGAAAUCGACAACCCUGAAUACACCCCAGACGACACCAUUUACAAAUUUGACAACAUUGGCAUUCUGGGACUGGAUCUUUGGCAGGUGAAAUCUGGAACGAUCUUUGAUAACUUCCUGAUCACUGAUAAUGUUGAGGAAGCUGAAAAAUUUGGUACAGAAACGUGGGGUGCAACAAAGGGACCAGAAAAGAAAAUGAAGGACCAGCAGGAAGAGGAAGAACGGAAGAAGCGUGAAGAGGAGGAAAAGAGCAAGAAGGAUGAUGAUAAUGAGGAAGAUGAAGAGGAGGAAGAUGAUGAAAAUGAGCCAGAGGAGGAAGAGCACACAGAAGAACCUUCUGAGGAGGAGGAGGAAGAGGAGGGUGAGGAUGAUAAGAUCCCUAAAGAUGAGUUGUGAAGAGGAGUUCCCUUCUGAAUGAGCAGAUCUGCUGCGUUUCUGACGUCUUUUUCUUUGUGGUGUGAAUUUUUGGCCCCGCCCCUUUCUAGUCACAUGUUGCAUCCCUAAACUCUGAUUUCUUUCGUUUUUGCUGCUAGAUGCCCCUCAAAAUGUUCAUAGUAUGGCCCGAUAAACUAUAGAUUAAUUAAUGUUUGGGUUUUCUGUUCUGUCUUGAGUCGCGCAAGGGGAAAAUUCGAAUGCAUCAUUUGUUGGAUUUGCACUUUUUUAAAAUAAAUGAUUUAUUUUUAA